CUGCAGUCGCGCGAGCCGACUCGAGUUUGCGAGAGGAAGUAGCUGCAGUGGCUGCAGCCGUUGGUAUUGCUCGUGUGUUGCUCUCGCUCGCGAGCGAACUGCCACUGCCGUUAUCUUGUAAGUCAUCUCUUCACGUGCCUGUGCAAUAUCCUGCCUUCGUCGUUUCAUGAUUCCCAAGCGCCGGGAAACAGCUGCGUAAAUUUAGUCACCAUGUCAGACGGCCCGUACCCUCAACAGCCGCCACUCUUUCUUCAACCUGCUGCUGUUCCGCUUCCCUAUGCCCCCGUAAUGAACCCAGCAAAUCCGAGCGCUCCUUCGGCCCCAUCCUACCCUCUGAAUCCUGGGUUUAUGCCAACGCCUUUGGCGCAUACCGGAAUUCAAAAUCCUGGAAGCAUGCCGCUGCCAUCGCAGCUGUCUGGAACUCAGCCACAGCAACAGCCCUACGUAGGAUUUGUACCGCAAGGCCAGUUUCAAGCACCACCGCCUCCGUAUCCAGGACCAGGACAAGCAGAUUUUGGGAAGCCAUCAUCGGGGAUGAGUUCACCUGUUGGCACUAUGGACAGAGAUACUGAACCAGCGCUUGAAUCCUGGAGCGGUUUCUCCAACAAAGAGAUCAGGCGCGUCUUUGUUCGAAAGGUGUAUGCUAUCCUCAUGGUCCAACUGGCCAUCACGUUUGGUGCUGUGGCUUUGUUCAUAUAUGAGCCCCAUGUCAAGUUAUUUGUGCAACAGAAUCUGGGAGCAUACAUUGGUGCCUAUGUGACAUUUAUUGUGCUCUACAUAAUGCUGGUCUGCUGUGAAAGCCUGAGGCGGUCGUACCCUACAAAUAUAAUCCUGCUGUUUCUCUUUACACUUGUGAUGUCCUACAUGGUCGGUGCAAUAUCGAGUUUCCACGAUACCGACACUGUCCUCAUGGCUGCUGGAAUCUGUGCAGCUUGCUGCCUGGCUGUCUCCAUCUUCUCCUGCCAUACAAAGUUUGACUUCACCAGCUGUGCUGGCUUCCUGUUCGUUGCUGUUUGGGCACUGUUCCUGUUUGGCAUCCUCACGAUCUUCACCUACAACAGGAUUAUCAACACUGUGUAUGCCACUCUUGGGGCAAUCCUCUUCAUGGCUUUCCUGGCUUUUGACACUCAGAUGCUCAUGGGUGGCCGUAAGUUGGAACUGAGCCCCGAGGAGCACAUCUUUGCCGCAUUGCAGCUUUACAUGGAUAUCGUGCAAAUCUUUUUGUUCAUAUUGAGAAUCCUAGGAAAGCGCUAAGCCUCCGGGGUGUAGCCUUGCACGUUCAGUGACGACUUCCGUGCUCUCAGAGCUACUUUACUUUAGUACCAAACCGACUUUGCCGUUAUUUGGUGUGAGCUGUUAUUCGGCAGGAGUGGCUUAAUUAGCCUUUCACAGACUGGCAUUGCAAAAGCAAUUUGCCUCUCUGUCAGAUGCCAAAGCGCUAGCAUGUGCAACUAAACCAUUCACACAUCAUUGAUUUGAGAGAGGAUGGCUGCGCGGUAUGAACAACACUUCUGCUGUGCAACGGCAAUGAAACACACCAUUCAAAUGAGGCAGGCUGGUUUUUCAAAGUUGGACUUUGUUGCAAGCUUUGCCGACCUGGUUUUGAUGCCCAGGCUAGCUGACCUCAACAAGGAACGACCUGUUGUGAAUGCCAGCCUCAGAGCUGUUAAAGUAAAACCGUCUAAGCCCUAGGCACCUUAAUGUAAAUGGCCACAUUUCAGCUGUUGCAGGCAGUUUGCGUACAGUAGAGCAGUACAGAUGUUACAUAUUGUGUCUGCCACGGUCCAUAGAGAUACUACUCGUUGUUAAAGCCGAGUAAAUAAGCUGGUCUGGUCCUGUGCAAAGUAAUUGUGUUUUGUAGUUGUCGGUAACCUAUUUGUGUAAACUGUGAUUACUGUACAUGUUUUCUCAAGUUAAAUAAGGCUAACAAUUGAGCAUGGCUCCUUGGCUUCCACAUUCUGUUGUUGCAACUAAUGUUUUGUCACUUGGCUAGUGCUAGCACCAACUUUUGGCUUGCAGUAACACCAACACCAACUUUUGGAUUGUAGUUAAGAGGACAUCGGAUAUUACUGUUUUGUACCUUGAGUUUGUCAUGUUUCUGACGCUUGCAGGUAAAAUGCGUGAUGCUGUUCUGUGUAAUGCCCCCAAUUUCAGCUGAGGAAAUUGGAGGCCAUAUUUUACACUUCUUUUUGCCCACUUUUUGUUUUGCUCGCCAUCUUUAAUGCUAAGUGGCCAUAUGAGAGUGACUAUUAUAAAAGGGAGGUUACAAAACUGUUUCUGGCUAGUUUAAAAACUAGUUAUGUGUAAGAUAUAUGGGGGGCAUAAAUAGAAUGCAGAUAUAGACAUGUCAUGGUAUUGGGCUACCGUGUUGGGGCAGUUACUGAAUUCUAAUUGUGUGAACACAAGUGAGUGCAAUCUGCAUGUCAUUCAAUUCUGCACUUUUGUGAAUAUGUAUACACAUACACAUGUACAAAACCAAAAUAAAGAAAAGCUCGCCUAUGUGAACACACUCAUUGUAUGUAGGUACGUAGUUGCAGCAUUCUACACCAAUGGGAAGCCAUAGAAGGUCUGUACCAAGGUUGUUCAUUUCUUCAUGCUAGUCUUUUAAUGUACACGUCGCAGUGAAAAGCGUACUAUGGUUACGAGGAGCCACAGGUAAAUCACUCGAAUUUCAUUGAAAGCCAGAAAUGGUGUUUCAUAUUUGGGUUUCUUCCUAUUGAGCAGUUUUGUAUGUACUGCAAGUCCACUUAUCAAAUAAGUUUGUGAAUGACGGCUUCUUUUUGUUGUUGUUGUUGUCGUCACUGUGUUUCAUCUUCAUUAUAACUGUGUGCCGUUUGUAAAAGUGUGAUGGUUUAGACAAAAAAAAGCUGAAGGCCUUGGUUGCAUUGGGUCAAAGCUUUAGUAUUAAUAGUGACGUGAACAGCGCGUAUAAUACACAAGUAUGAAGAACUGACGAGGAGCUGCAGCUAUCGCUAAAGGCAAUUGCAUCAGCAAACCUUCAAUCGCCCUCAGUGAAAAAGAAAUAGAUUACCUAAGUUCAUCCGGUCAGAUAACCUAGACAUACUUCGGUUGCUUCUCUUGACGUCUUUUCGUGGUUUCGUGGUUUUUGCUUGUUAAUUCUUUUUGUUUCUUAGUUCCCUCUCCAUGUCUGCCGUCAUGCGCAAUUCAAAUGAGCGGUGAUCACGUGUGCCUACUUGUUCUCGUUUUUCCAUGUUUGUGUUAAUAAAUUUCAGUUGGAAGUCAGCGCUAGUCCUCGUCAGUUCUUCGUCCUUGUGUAUUAUACGUGCUGUUCACGUCACUAUGGAAUACCAACUAGCCCGGUCACACACCUUGCUUUAGGAUUAAGGGUCAGCAUGCGGGCAGGUUGGCACUAACUUCAGUAUUCAGGUAGUUAGCAGUUGGUCUGGACCAAGUGUUCUGUAUUGGUAUUGAUUGUCUUUAUGUAACUUUUUAUGUGGUACGUUAUAAUAAACAGUGUACUCUGUU